UCAAUUAGAACAAUAUGUUCGUAAUGGUCAUUUGAAGCCUACGACUCUAUUUUGUACAGCUGAUAUUACGAACUUAUAUACAAUGUUACCACAAGACGAGUCACUUAAAAUCCUCAAAGAAUUUCUUCUUGAACAUCAUUAUGAGAAAGUACAAGGUAUCCCUAUUGGAAUUAUUCUUCAAUUAGCUGAUCUUGUUCUCAAAGAGACUGCAUUUGUUGAUGGAAAUAAAUUCUAUCGCCAAAUUAUUGGUGGUGCAAUGGGAUCACCGUUUACUUUAACAUUAGCCAACAUUUUCAUGUGGAAAUGGGAAAAAGAUGCCAUUUGUGGUGCAAUAGGACCCCAUGAAAUCUAUGGCCGAUAUAUUGAUGAUAUCUUCUUUACUUUUAAUGAACCAAAGACCAAAAUCGAGGCAAUGAUCAAGAAAGCUAAUGACUUUCAUCCAAACAUCAAAUUGGAAGCUAAUAUUGGUAGUUGUGUUUCAUUUCUUGAUCUUCUUAUCAACAAUAAGAAUGGUAUUCUAUCCACAUCUGUCCAUCAUAAACCAGCAGCCGAACCUUGCGUUGUACCAUUUAUUUCUGAUCAUCCUCGUCAUGUAUUUUCUAAUAUUAUUCAAGCGGCUCUUCUUCGAGCUGUACGUUAUUCAUCAACAUUAGACAUUUUUGAAAAGGAACGUCGUGCUAUUCGAUUAAUGUUGCUCUAUAAUGGGUAUCCAUCCACGUAUAUUGAUAUACAUUUCCGAAAAUUCUUCGGUAACGCCAUUUCACAAUCAUCUAUGAUACCAUUCAUCGACAACGAGAAUCAAUUUUUGAUUAUGAGAAACCGUUUAUUACCUCGAGCAUCCGCCAAAGAACGAGAAACACAACAUAGGAUAGCAGCUGUUCGAUUAAACGAAGAAACUAAAGAUACCAAUGAUAAAGAAAAAAGGACAAUAAUCACAACGAUCCCAAAACAAAAUAAGCAGAAUAAAUUCGCAAAUACGCUCUUUCUUCAUUAUACACACGAAAAACGAUUGCAUAGUAUGAAACGCCAGAUACAUAAGAUUUUUUCAGAAACCUUUCAAGAUACAUUAGCAAUGAACCUUCGACUUAUCGUUGGACAUCGGAAUCAUCGUAACAUUGGGCAUGAGUUAAUACAAAAGAGACCAACUGCCUCCAUCUUGAAACCACAACAACUUCCUAGUAAAGUGUUUCGUGUUACUUCAUGCCUUCCUCUCAUAUUUAAUUAA